UAACGCAUGGCUGCUGCCAUAAAACGGUGGCCACGUACAGUGAACUGUGCAGAUUACAGUACGUUCAGUGACAGUUCGCCGAAAUUUUUCAACGGGGCUGUUUGUAGCCGGCUAUUCAUUUAAUCCGGGCAGAAAUAGCGAAGAAAAUGUAUCUAUUUCAGAUACUUGCUGUACUUCUUGUCGCCUCCUGUGGUUGGGCUAAAGAGGAAGAUGUCUUGGAAUUUGGUGACAGCGAUUUUGAGUCAGGACUUACAGAGCAUGAAACAGCCUUAGUUAUGUUUUAUGCCCCUUGGUGUGGUCAUUGCAAGCGUUUGAAGCCAGAAUUCGCCAAAGCGGCUGAAGAUCUGCUCAGAAACGACCCUCCAGUCGCUCUAGUCAAAGUCGACUGCACAGAGGCAGGCAAAGAAACCUGUAACAAAAACUCCGUCAGUGGCUAUCCAACAUUGAAGAUUUUCCGCAAUGGAGAGUACUCUCAAGAUUACAAUGGCCCAAGAGAAGCAGCCGGUCUUGUAAAAUACAUGAAGGCUCAAGUGGGACCCGCUUCGAAAGAACUGAAAUCCGUUGCUGACCUCGACAAGUUAUUGGCCACAGAAAAGGAGUCUGUAGUCGUGGGAUUCUUCGAAAAGGAGUCUGAUCUGAAAGCUGCCUUCUUGCAGCUGGCCAACAAGCUGAGGGAAAAAGUGCAAUUCGCCCAUUCGUCAUUUAAAGACGUGUUGGAGAAGCAAGGAGAAACUGACGCUGUGGUCCUUUUCCGCCCUGCUCACUUGAAAAAUAAAUUCGAAGCAUCAUCGGUCAAAUAUUCAGGACCCGCUGAAACCCCAGAUUUGAACGACUUUAUCACCAAAAAUUUCUAUGGUUUGGUUGGUGUGCGUAAAUCGGACAAUCAACGUGAAUUCAAAAACCCCCUCGUUGUCGUUUACUAUGCUGUAGACUACGUGAAAAAUCCCAAAGGAACCAACUACUGGCGUAACCGUGUGUUGAAGGUUGCCAAAGAUUUCGAAGGAAAAAUAAACUUUGCGAUUGCAUCCAGCGAUGAAUUCACACACGAAUUGAACGAGUUUGGAAUUGAGUACGCCCCAGCUGACAAACCACGAGUUGCCGCCAAAGAUGCUGAUGACAAGAAAUAUGUGCUUAGAGAUGAAUUCUCUCCUUUCGCUUUGGAGGCCUUUGUUAAUGACAUUCUCGACGGUCAACUGGACCCUUACAUCAAGUCGGAAGCCAUUCCAGAAAGCCAGGAAGGACCGGUAGUUGUAGCAGUAGCAAAGAACUUUGACGAAGUCGUCAUCAACAACGGAAAAGACACUUUGAUUGAGUUCUACGCUCCCUGGUGUGGACACUGCAAGAAAUUGACUCCUGUCUAUGAUGAACUUGCCGAAAAACUUAAAGAUGAAGAAGUCUCCAUUGUCAAGCUGGACGCUACCGCCAAUGAUGUUUCUGCACCAUUUGAUGUUAAGGGUUUCCCUACCUUAUACUGGGCUCCUAAGGACAAGAAAGACAGUCCUGUGAGAUACGACGGUGGAAGAACUGUAGAUGAUUUCAUUAAAUUUAUCGCCAAGGAGGCAACCAACGAAUUGAAAGGGUGGGACAGAGAUGGUAAUACCAAGAGCGCCAAGACUGAAUUGUAGAUUGUUAGAGUUCGCUUUUAGUAUUUUUGUAUUUUUUAUACCCACAAAUCGGUUGGGAUUUCUGGAGUUUCAUUCUUCCAAAAAGGUUAGUUGUGCUCGUGAGUGAAAUUGUAUUUUUCUAUUUCGUUAUUUUUCAAUCAACUUAACAAAUUAAACCUUACACAUUUUUUAAAGAUCAAUUCAAUGCUAAGUAAUAUUUCUCAUCUGAUCCUGUAAAGUAGCAAAGCAUAAGCUGGUGGUCUAUGCAUAAUCCGUUUUGUAUUUUUAUAUUAUUAAAUAAAAACAAGUUCUUGUAUUACUUUGUUAUUUCCACCUUUCGAAAACAACAACAUCGGGCUGAAAUUUCCAGUUUAACAUCAAUUUGAAAAGACACUUUGAACAUUAUUCGUUUAUAGAUUCAAAAUAGAAGUAUGACUUAUUUUAAGGUUUAUGUUGUGAUGUUACAUAUGUAUUUAAAUAAAUUAAAUCUCAUUUA